GGCUGCUGCAGCAUCAGCGGCAGCCUCCUCGCAGAGCUCCCCGUGCCGCCAUGGGGCUGAGCCGGUGAGCCGAAUCCAGCUCAGUAGCGUGACACUUGCGUUUUUCAUACGUAGUGUUGUUUCCCUUGCAGAGAUAUAGAAAGUCGGUUGGCGGGGAUUUGGUCGACAUGCAAGAGGAGGAGAAUAACUCUUAGCGUGUGGCCGGGCAGCAACAUCUGCUCAUUGCAAUAAAUGGAGGAGCACUUUGGGUCUCUUGUCCUGCACUAACUGGCGACAUGCUCUAAGGACAACCCACUAGCCACCAUGAAAGGCUUAGGAGCCAACCGCAGUCGACAUCUCUCUGACUCGUGUGAACCAACAGGGUUCCCGCAGAAACCUCUCUGCCCUUUGACCUCUGACCCUCACUGCUCCUUCAUGUUGAGCCCAACCAUAAACCACUAUGGCACCCUGGAUCCUCAACUCCACCAGUAUCCUCCAACUACCCCAACCACUUUGACUCAAGACUGCCUGCUGCCUUUCAACCAGAUGUCCAACAGCAGCACCUUCCCUCGUCUCCACUUCAGCCCACAGACAGAUCAGGUGGACUGUCCCCAGGGCUGUAUGAUAAGCGGUGCUGGAGCCAGACAAGGCAGCAGGGCAGGUGCACUUUCCACCUCUCUGUCUAUGGGUAUGGGCCUGGGCUUGGGUCUAACAGGUGCUCCCAUGAUCACAAGUGGAUCCGCCACCAUCUCCUCUGCAGCUGCCGCCAAGAUGAAUCGGUUACCCUCUAACAUCUUGGAUCAACUAGAAAGGCAUCUCCCCCUACAGCGGGACGGCUUCAGCACUUUGCAGUUUCACCGAGGACGUAUGUCGAAACAACGCAGUGAGAGUCCAGGACGGAUACGCCACCUGAUGCAUUCUGUGCAGAAGCUCUUUGCCAAAUCUCAAUCCUUGGAAAACUCUUCAAUUAAAGGAAAUGCAAUCACCGGAACCAGUGAGGACAGUGGUAGACGGACCCACAGGAGCAAGAGUAAAGAUAGGGCUAAGACUGAAGGACCAAAGCAAAGAUCGAGGCCGAACACAUUGGGCCUGUGGAGUUCAGACAACACUCUUGACAGUGAUACUACCAAAGCUGGCACCAUUGCUGUUGGUUACCGCAACCCAUUGUGCAUGAUGACACUUGGUAGAGCGAUAUCAGACAGCCAGGCCCACCCUAGACAUAUCGAACAGGGCUACAACACCAUUUCUGCACAUACUCUCAAAUCCUCAAAAAGCAGCAGUGACCUCAAGCUCCUGGGAUGUCCAGUAGCACCGGCAGGAUCCAAGGAAGAGGAGGGAAGAACUCGGAGCAAGGAUGAUACAUUGGUGAAGAGGGGCUCCUGGUCUAAUCUCACACUCAGUCAGGCCAGGCAAGUGUUACAGAAGGGCUCCACUACAGUCAACAAGACCCUUUUAAAAACAAAGUCAUGCCAUCAGGAUCUGGCUAACCAGUUCCUUCAGGUAGGCGUACCAGUUCCCCUGGGGGACUGGGCUGGCUCUUUAGGUCCCAGCCGAGCUAAAGGAACAGAAAUCCCAUGUCGUAGGAUGCGCAGUGGCAGCUAUGUGAAAGCAAUGGGAGACAUGGAGGACAGUGAAGACUCAGAAGGUAGCCCCAAACCUUCCCCCAAAUCUGCAGCCCGUCGCCAGAGCUAUCUGAAGGCCACUCAGCAGUCCUUCAGUGAACAGCAGCCUCUUCCACCUGCACGCAAGCCUCGUUGCUACGCUCUCAUGCGGGAGGAUUUUCUUUGGUCUCCACUAAAGAGUGCAUGCUCUAUGCAGCAUCUGAGCUCCCUGCCCUCCCUAAAAGAACUGUCCACAAAUCGGAGCCUCGACAACCUAGACUGCCUGGUGAGCCCACUGGAGAUGCCACCAGGCCACGGACACAAUGAUUUCAGCCAUUGUCCCGCUACAUUAGCCAGAGGAUCCGGCACUCACGUAUGCGGGCGUGGCUUUGGGCGCUCUCUUCUGCACUGCGAGGGAGAAUCACAGGCAGUGGAGGCCUUGGACCUUCCUGCGCCUACCUGCUUUAGGUCACGUAGUCACAGCUACCUGAGGGCCAUCCAGGCCGGUUGCUCCCAGGAUGAAGAUACAGCCUCUGUGGACUCUGAUUCACCUCCACCCACCGCCAAAAGCUACAACUCAAACACCAUCAACAGUAGGAAGGCUCCACCUCCGGUCCCACCCCGCACCACCUCCAAACCUCUCAUCUCAGUGACUCUUCAGAGCAGCACAGAGUCCGCCCAAGACACGUACCUUGACCAACAAGACCAAAGCAGUGAAGCCAACAGCCAAUCAGGACGCAGCAAUUCCUCUGAGAGUCUCUGUAGCAUCCGCACCAGUGGUCUGGCUAAGAGAAAGCCGGCUGCCGCUAUUGCCCCGGCUGCUACCCCUGCACCCUCUGUGCCCCCUGUUCCAGCCCCUCGUGACCUUCCACCCACGACCUCUUCCACCACUUCAACAUUUAAUCAGCCCCAAAAUGACACCCUGAACACUGGCGCCACUUUGGAGCGGCCCCCCACUGCACCCAAACGAAAGCUUUCCUCAAUUGGAAUUCAGGUGGAUUGCCUUCAGCCUGUCCCAAGAGAAGAACCGUUACCCUUGACUGCCCCCCUAAAAUUCCAGUCAAUUGGAGUUCAAGUGGAGAACGGCAGGCCUCUUAGCCGGGACAGCAGCAUGGCCUCCAGACAAAACACAGAGACUGAGCCUCAGGAGCACCACGAACACACACUCCCAGAAAGCAGCAAAGCCAACGGCACCAGCCCUAAAACCACAAAUUCCAAUGAAUCCAACAUUAAGUACAAAGCGAUGGAGCAGCUCUCUCUCAAACAAACCACAACUCCAUCCAGAACAUCCACCUCGGCCCCACAGACGUUGGACCCGGCUUUAGAUCCUUCGUCACUGCCACCACCAGAUCCCAGCCUGGGGACUGGAAACUUAAAUGCCCAAGGAGACUCGGCACGAGCCAGCACCCCAGCUUGCCUCAGAGACGGCAACUGGUUUCUGAAGCUGCUGCAGGCGGAAACGGGCCGCCUGGAGGGCUGGUGUCAACAGAUGGAGCAGGAGACCAAAGACAACAAGCUGUCAGAGGAAGUAUUGGGGACGAUCCGCAGCGCAGUCGGCAGUGCCCAGCUCCUCAUAUCAAAAAAGUUUGAACAGUUCAGGGGGCUCUGUGAUGAAAACCUGAACGUGAAUGCCAACCCACGGCCAACAGCACAGGACCUCGCAGGGUUCUGGGAUCUACUGCAGCUCUCUAUAGAAGACAUCAGCUUGAAGUUUGAUGAACUCUACCAAUUGAAAACCAACAAUUGGCAACUCCCUGAGAAGUCAGAGAAGGUUGAAAACAAGCAGCUUCCAUUGUCUGUGCCAAAGAAGCAAUCCAAACCCAGGCUGUCAGCUGGGAAGGACAGAAGCGUGGACUCUGCUGUGGACAAGCAGCGGCAAGAAGCCAGAAAACGGUUGAUGGCAGCAAAGCGCGCAGCGUCUGUGCGACAGAACUCCGCUACGGAGAGCGCUGACAGCAUCGAAAUCUAUGUCCCCGAGGCACAGACCCGCCUCUGAGUGAAGCCAUUGCCCUUCAUCUGCGUCUCCACUCACUUACUGACUCAAACCCAGACAGAACUGAGUUGUUCACACACAGCCACACACGGACAACGGAUGCAUCAGUUCAACUUGGGGAGCCAAACAUUGCAGUUGCCCUUUGCUACAAUGGGACAGAAAACAAUCAUGCAAGAGGUUUAAAUCUAUUAUUAUUGACAAUAUGCUAAUUACAUUCUCCCAAACUAUGUCAAGACUGUCUGAAAUGUCCAAGUACAUUUUAGAUGAGGACACUGCGAAAAAUCUUGGUAUUGCAGAAGUUUACCUUCUCUCAACUUUCGGGAGCGGACCGACAAGUUGUGGCUGCCUGGUUUACGAUGUGAGCUACCACUCGCGCACACAAAACACACACACACACACACACACAGGCACACACUCAGGAUACACAUGCAGGUGUACACACUGUCCACAGAGUCUUCCUGUUCUCUAUUUGUAUAUGGGUACCACUCUUUGGCUGUACUCUUUACCGUGUAAAAGUUAUGGAAUGAGGUUUAAAAUGCAGAGAACCAGAGGAAGGCAGUAGCAUAUAUAUAUAUAUAUAUAUAUAUAUAUAUAAAUUAUAAAGAAUACACUAUUAUGUUCAUUUUGUAAAUGUUGUAUACCAGAUUAUUUGUUAGAAAGAGCUGCGUGUUCAGUACCGAGAGUUUUUUUUUGUUUGUUUUGUUUUUUUAAAUAGAUCAAGUACAUGUACUGUCAGGAUAUAUUAGCACUUGAUGCAAUCAUUUUGACUUCACACCCCCCUCCCUCCCUCAAACCUCUUACAAACACACACUGCACAGUCUGUGUCUGUGAAUAUCAUUAAGUCUUACAUUUGUUGGGUUUGUUUUGAGGUGGUUAUUUUUAGGCGGACUGCUCAACCAAUGAGCUUUGGAGGAAUGUAUAGCACAUAUGCAUUUUGCAGCUCAUUCCAACUUGAUCACUGCACUUUCACCUCAGAUCAAGUUUUCCUUUUCUGUAUUUCUUAUUUUGUUCACUGAAUCAUUAUGACUUAACUGCAACAUGUGACGUAGGGGACUAAGACAACCACCGCUUGAUAUUGCAUUCCAUUCACCAAGACAACACGUGAGAGUUUUCAUACCACUGGAAAGGAAAUGGAAAAGCAAUAAUGAAAUUGAGUUUUAUCAGUGCAUGCAGUGCAGGACAUGCCCAGUCUUAAUUGUUUUUACUAUUUGCCUCAUAAGGCUUUCUUGGCAUGAAGGAUGAAUGGUUCCACCCCCACUUGUGAGCUGUUUUUAUUCACUUGAAUCUCAGGUUGAAAGCUCAGUCACCAGUAUGAACCACUAUGAAUCAAAUGGGAAUUUAUAAUUACAAAUGUGAAUCAAGUAAAUUAUGAAAUUGUGGUAACAACCCGAAAGAUGGUGCAUGCAGUGAUUUUGGUGCAAAGCACAGACAUCAGGGUUUUUUUUUCGUACCAUUUUUCCCUCCUACCUGUGUUACAAAAAUGAUUUAACUGUGGUACGUUUUUGCCCCAUUAGAAACAUUUUCUGACUUGCCUGCUAGCUAAAAUGAAGUCAGCCAGUAAUUCUAAUCACCUAUGGUGCUGCAAGGGAUUUCCUUUUGUGCCAAGACAGCAGUGGUCAUCAACAUCUGCGUCAUUUGAUAAAUGUUUUUAUUUAAGGUGUUGUUUUUAUUAUUUAAUAUACUUAAAUCUUAGCAAAGGUUGUUUGCAGAACUUCCAAUGGUACACAUGUGGAGACUGACGUGAAGCCCAAGUGUGAUUGACAUCCGACCCACUAGUCAGACUUGACUUGCCCGUUACUGGUCAGUCCUUGCGUUACACUCCAGCAAUCAUGUCCUUUAGUUAGUUUUAAAUCAAAGCAAAAAUAACACUGAAUUGUCAAUGUUGGCAAUGCAUCCCAUUGUUCAUUUUCUUUAAUUUGUAUUGCAUCAACAGUGGACAUACCCAUUUCAUUGUCCAAAGAAGUCAUUAAAACAUCCUUUUGCUACAUGUCCUGGUCAUCAUUCUUGGUGUCUUCAUUUUAUUUUUUUAUUACACUUCUGUGCUAAUAUUAGCUGCUCACUACACAUGAAGAUAAUUGUAAGCUUUACAUUAGACCCUUUAUCUUGACUGUGUUAUCUAAAAGCAUGGCCUUCAUACGUGUAAAAAUAUCUUGAACCAGUACUCCUUUUAAAUAAAUUUUGUAAAUGGGGAGCUUUAGUCUGUGAGGUGGUCUGGAAACGAUGACGAGCCAGAUCCCUAUAUUCGUUUACUUUAUGAUCAUGAGAGUAAGAGCAAUUUGUUUACCUGUACUUCCUGAGUUUCCAAGGGCUACAAAAUGGGCACAUGCUCAGAAGGCACAACUCCGGAGACAGAUUUUUUUGGUUGUGCUGUUUUACCACCAUUUCGACGUGCAAUAUUGUACAGGUGCGUUUAUUAAAAACAAGUGCUAAAUCUAAUUCGGGUUGGCUAACUGACAAAUGUGCCAAUUCGGGCAUCAUGGCUGCAAAUUUACCCUUGGCAUAAAAGUCGUCUCAGUGAUCGAGCAACAAAAAGUGAGCAAAAACAUUGGCUUCCCAGAAUAUAUUUAUACAAACUAAGCACAUAUGUCACAGAUGAAGGUUUGGUUAUAUGAUGUAUUAGUAGACACUAUUAGGCUUGUUUCUUCUGGGAGCAAAGAACAUUUUGAU